UUGCAGGUUCAGUUCAAGCAGUUGGCUUGUGGGACUUUGAGAGAUGCUGCUGCCCAUGACAUGUUGGAAUUACCAUGAUCAACUACCCAGUUUGGAUUUCACCCAGUGGCCAGGAGCUUUGCAUGGUAGACAGCAAGGGUUGGAUUUUUAAAAAGAGUAAAUCAGGCCCGUGACCAAGGUGUAGACUAAGAGGUGGAGUCAUGCUUCACACGGCCAGAUCAUGUUGGCAGCCAUUCCUGGGUCUGGCUGUGGUGUUCAUCUUCAUGGGUUCCACCAUUGGCUGCCCCGCUCGCUGUGAAUGCUCUGCCCAGAACAAAUCCGUUAGCUGCCACAGAAGGCGGCUCAUCGCCAUCCCCGAGGGCAUUCCCAUCGAGACCAAAAUCUUGGACCUCAGCAAGAACAGGCUGAAGAGUGUCAACCCUGAGGAGUUCAUAUCCUAUCCUCUGCUGGAGGAGAUAGAUUUGAGUGACAACAUCAUCACCAAUGUGGAGCCAGGAGCUUUUAACAAUCUCUUUAACCUUCGUUCCCUCCGCCUCAAAGGUAACCGCCUGAAACUGGUCCCCUUAGGGGUCUUCACGGGGCUAUCCAACCUCACCAAGCUGGACAUUAGUGAGAAUAAGAUUGUCAUUUUACUGGACUACAUGUUCCAGGACCUGCACAACCUGAAGUCUCUAGAGGUGGGGGACAAUGAUUUGGUUUAUAUAUCACACAGGGCCUUCAGUGGGCUCCUGAGCUUGGAGCAGCUCACCCUGGAGAAAUGCAACCUCACAGCUGUACCAACAGAAGCCCUUUCCCACCUCCGCAGCCUCAUUAGCCUGCAUCUGAAGCAUCUUAAUAUCAACACUAUGCCCGUGUAUGCCUUUAAAAGACUGUUCCACCUGAAACAUCUAGAGAUUGACUAUUGGCCUUUACUGGAUAUGAUGCCUGCCAAUAGCCUCUAUGGUCUCAACCUCACGUCCCUCUCGAUCACCAAUACCAACCUGUCCACGGUCCCCUUCCUUGCCUUUAAACACCUGGUAUAUCUGACCCACCUUAACCUCUCCUACAAUCCCAUCAGCACGAUCGAAGCUGGCAUGUUCUCGGAACUGAUCCGCCUUCAGGAGCUUCAUAUAGUGGGGGCCCAGCUCCGCACCAUUGAGCCUCAUUCCUUCCAAGGGCUCCGCUUCCUUCGUGUGCUCAAUGUGUCUCAGAACCUACUGGAAACUUUGGAAGAGAAUGUCUUCUCCUCCCCUAGGGCUUUGGAGGUCCUGAGCAUCAAUAACAAUCCACUAGCCUGUGACUGCCGUCUCCUCUGGAUCCUGCAGCGGCACCCCACGCUGCAGUUCGGGGGCCAGCAGCCCAUGUGUGCUGGCCCCGACACCAUCCGUGAGAGAUCAUUCAAGGAUUUCCACAGCACUGCCCUUUCUUUUUACUUUACCUGCAAAAAACCGAAAAUCCGUGAAAAGAAGCUGCAGCAUCUGCUAGUGGAUGAAGGGCAGACAGUCCAGCUCGAAUGCAGUGCUGACGGAGACCCUCAGCCUGUCAUUUCCUGGGUGACACCACGCAGGCGUUUUAUCACCACCAAGUCCAAUGGAAGAGCCACCGUGUUGGGUGAUGGCACCCUGGAAAUCCGCUUUGCCCAGGAUCAAGACAGCGGGAUGUAUGUCUGCAUCGCUAGCAAUGCAGCAGGGAACGACACCUUCACGGCCUCUUUAACUGUGAAAGGCUUCACCUCAGACCGCUUCCUUUAUGCCAACAGGACCCCUAUGUACAUGACGGACGCCAACGACACCAUGUCCAACGGCACCAAUGCCAAUACGUUUUCCCUGGACCUUAAAACAAUACUGGUGUCUACAGCCAUGGGCUGUUUCACAUUCCUGGGAGUGGUUUUAUUUUGUUUUCUCCUCCUUUUUGUGUGGAGCCGAGGGAAAGGCAAGCACAAAAACAGCAUUGACCUCGAGUAUGUGCCCCGAAAAAACAAUGGUGCUGUUGUGGAAGGGGAGGUGGCUGGACCCAGGAGGUUCAACAUGAAAAUGAUCUGAGGGUCUAGAGCUCACACUGUUGUUUCCAGGUCGGUGUUGGUCACCAGUGAGAUAGCUGGCACAGUCAAUUACUAGGUGAAAAGGUGGCCUCAGGCGGCUGCCCCUGUGUCCAAGCAGGGUCCACAGAAGCAGCAGGACUUCGUCUGGAGACUCUCCACCGAGAGGCAGGCAGACACGUGUCAGAGCCCUUCACAGUGGGAUACUAAUUGUUUGCAUUGCAAAUACUGGCAUUCUGGGGAUCUCAGUAAUGAACCUGAACCUUCAGCUCAUGCUCACGGACAGUUACUCAACAUUUUCUACCACGGCAAAAACAAAAGGAAAAAAAAAAAAAGGAACAACCUACAAUGUAGGAUUUACGUAUUAAAAAGACACAUUUGUCUAAAACAUACUCUACAGAAAAAUUUGUAUCUAUGAUUCUCAUUUGUUAAAGCCUUGCAUCAUACCGUAUUGUUGAUUCAGCACCACAAAGAAAUCAAUAUAUUCUUUACUUUUUUUUUUGAAACAUAUAUGCUGUAUAUGUUUUAAAGCAAUAUGAAUGAGAGGUUGUGCUUUUAGUUACUCACCACUAUAGAUCCAAGUGUGAUAUCACCUUCCUUUCCAUACAGAUGACCCUGAGACUAGAUCCCUGGAGUUAUGGGCAGAGAGAUGCGGAAUGAUGCGUUUGUCUGAUGUAGGAUGCCAAGAAAUAGAGCCCAAGGCAAAACUGCUCAACUCUGUUAACUUCUGUUACUAUAAAUAAAGGCAUGUGCCUAGUUUUG